AUGGGAGAACUUCGUGGACAGGCGCUGGUUUUGACCGUGAGCGUGUUGACCUCAUUGGGUUUCAUGCUCAUCGGUUAUGACAAUGGACUCAUGGGAGGACUGGUAACGGCUCCGGCCUUCAACAAAACGUUUGACUCUCCUGACCCGACGAUGACUGGCCUCAUCGUAGCCAUCUACGAAAUUGGUUGCUUCCUCGGUUGUGUCGCCACCGCUUUCUUCGGCGAGAAAUUCGGUCGUCGCAGGACGAUCGGAGCAGGUGCCGCUGUCAUGGUCGUCGGUGCCAUCGUCCAAGCCGCAUCUUUCGGCCGCACUCAGAUGAUUGUCGGAAGAAUCGUAUCUGGCAUCGGCAUGGGUAUCGUCAACUCGACCGUCCCAGUUUUGCAAGCCGAGUUCAGUCCCAAGUCCAGCCGUGGAAUUUACGUCUGCGCUCAGCUGUCAACACUCAACUUCGGCAUCUUCCUCAUCUACUGGAUCGACUACGCCUUCUCCUCUCACAUCGAGAGUUACGCCUGGAGAGUUCCCGUUGCUCUACAAUGCGUCUGCAUUCUUCCCAUGUUCGCGAUUCUCAGGAUCAUCCCCGAGACACCCCGCUGGUUGGCCUCCCACGAUCGCCCGGAUGAGUGCCUCGCUGUUUUGAGACGGCUCAAGUGGGACGAAGACGAAGAGUCGAUCAGGGUGCUUCACAACUCGAUCAUGCAGACGGUGGCGUACGAGCAGUCCGUGAGCGCUGGGUCGUGGAAGGACCUGUUCGUGAACGAUCGCAUCAAGAGCCAGAGGAGGUUCUUGAUUGCUUGCGCUAUCCAAGGGUUCCAGCAGCUUGGCGGAAUCAACGCAAUUAUCUACUACAGCAGUACUCUCUUCGAGAAGAGCAUUGGAUUUGAUAACCACAUGUCGAGUCUCAUGUCUGGAUUCCUGCAGACUUGGUUCUUUUUAUUGUCCAUGAUCAGCGUGAUGGCUGCGGUGAUGGCAGUACAAGCUGGCCUCAUCUACCAGGUUCAGAACGCCACAGCCAUUGCGAAGUCGGCAGGCAUUGGUGCAGCCGCAAUGCUUUUUGUGUUCCAGGGAGCUUUCACCAUUGGAUUCCAGGCAACCGUCUGGGUUUACCCAUCCGAAAUUCUGCCUCUUCGGAUUCGCCAACUUGGCUCUUCGGUUUCAAGUGGUGUCAACUGGAUCUUCAAUUACAUGGUCGUCCAAAUCACCCCAAUUGCGAUCUCCAAUAUUGGUUGGAGAACCUACAUCAUUUUUGCUGUUCUUAACGCCACUUGGGUACCAAUUAUCUAUCUGUUCUUCCCAGAAACCAAGGGCUUGGAGCUUGAAGAUGUAGACCGUCUCUUCUCAGGAGAUAGCUUCGUCGACUUGAACCGUCACGACACCAGCGAGAAGCAGGAAGUGUGGGAUGUCGAGGAGGUUAGGGCAUGA